AUGACACAUUCGGGCAACAUCUUAUACCCACACCAGCAAACAUUGCUCGAAAGUCUCAUCAGAGCUGCGAUUGUUGAGGAAGCCAAUGCCGGGCUCACAUCCUGGGCGGCUUCAAUGAAAUCAUGGGUCUCCAUGAUGGUUGGAUAUUUGGGCAUAGAAAAUGAUAUUCUAGAUGAUUGCUUGGAUGAGCAGGUUGUGACAUGGUAUAGUACACACUUUGGUCGAAUACAUGAGAGCAAGUAUGGGCCAUUCGACCGCCGUAUAUCAAAACGUCUUGGGUCUGGGAAAGAAUUACCUGUUGACAUAGUGGCCGUCCCAUUUCCUAGAAAGGCAUCUAGGAGAGAAAACUAA